UCUCUCUCUCUCUCAAGUACACCCGUCACCUGCACACUAAAAAUGGCGAGUCUCUCCAAUUCUGUGAAACUCAAGUAUAUUAAACUUGGCUACCAGUACCUUGUCAACCACAUUCUCACCUUCUUUCUCAUACCAAUUCUCAUGGGUUUUCUCAUUAAAAUCCUCAGUCUGGGUCCUGAUCAAAUCUAUGAAAUAGGGAGCUCUCUCCACUUUGAUCUCCUUCAAUUUCUCGGCUCCUCCUUGAUGAUCAUAUUCUUGGCCACCGUCUACUUCAUGUCCAAGCCUCGUUCUGUCUACCUAGUCGACUAUGCUUGCUUCAAACCCCCAGCCUCAUAUCGCGUUCCCCAUGCUACCCUCGUGAAACACUUGAGGCUCAGCAACAAGGAUAAUCCUGAGAUUGUUGAGUUCCAAAGGCGAAUUCUUCAGAGGUCUGGUCUAGGAGAUGAGACGUGUUUGGCUCCUGCAAAUCUAUAUAUUCCUCCAACACCCAGCUUGGAGGCUUCAAGGGCUGAAGCGGAGCUUAUUCUCUUCUCUGUUAUUGAUGAUUUGUUGAAGAAAACCGGGACUAAGACCAAGGACAUCGAUAUUCUUAUUGUGAAUUGCAGUAUAGUUUCACCUACUCCAUCACUGUCUGCUAUGGUGAUUAACAAGUACAAAUUGAGGAGUAACAUAAAGAGCUUCAAUCUUUCUGGUAUGGGGUGCAGUGCUAGCCUUAUAUCAAUUGAUUUAGCUAGGGAACUUCUUCAGGUUCAUCCCAAUUCAUGUGCUAUAGUGGUCAGCACUGAGAUCACCACUCCCAAUUAUUAUAGCGGCAACGAGAGAUCAAUGGUUCUUAUAAACUGUUUGUUCCGAAUGGGUGGUGCAGCCAUCCUUUUGUCCAACAAAAAAGCAGACAGGAGUCGAUCCAAGUACCAAUUACUCCAUCUUGUUAGAACUCACAAGGGAGCUGAUGAUAAGGCUUACCGGUGUAUCCAUGAACAAGAAGACACACAAGGGAUACAAGGGGUUUCACUCUCUAAAGACCUGAUGUUGAUUGCUGGGGAGGCCUUGAAGUCCAACAUAACCACAAUUGGACCCCUUGUGUUGCCUGCUUCCGAGCAGCUCAACUUCCUGUUCACACUCAUCGGCCAAAAAAUACUGAAACUUAAGUGGAAGCCAUACAUUCCUGACUUCAAGCAGGCAUUUGAGCACUUCUGCAUCCAUGCGGGCGGGCGAGGGGUGAUCGAUGAGCUGCAGAAGAAGCUGCAGUUAUCGGCUAAGGACGUGGAGGCGUCCAGGAUGACGCUGCACCGCUUUGGCAACACUUCAUCUUCUUCCAUUUGGUAUGAGAUGAACUAUAUCGAGAGUAAAGGGAGGAUGAAAAAAGGUGACCGGAUUUGGCAGAUUGCCUUCGGAAGUGGAUUCAAGUGUAACAGUGCAGUUUGGAAGUGCAACCGCACAAUCACGACGCCAACCGAUGGGCCUUGGCUUGACUGCAUUGGUAGGUAUCCGGUGUCCAUCUCACAGGUCCUGGACCUCUGAUUCUGAUUAUUCUUCAAAUCAAUCUCUAAAAUGGUGGGUAUUAAUUAAUGAAGAAUAUAAUAAUUAGUGACAUGCCCAUUAAGCAAACUGCAAUUCUCUGAUUCUAAUAAAUGUAAUAUAAGUGGAUGCACCCACGUUGGUACGGCCACCUUAUAUAUUUACGAUCAUCUUUGAUUAUGUUAUA